AUGGCAUGCAUGAGUGAAGAACAGCUCCGUUGUCUGACCCGGCGCCAACUGCAAACUCUUGCCAAACAGGAGAAUAUCCGUCCCGCCAAUGCCACCUCGGAGAAGCUCAUAAAGCGUCUUUUAGAUAAAUUCUUUGGCAAGCGCAGACGUGGUAGUCCUGUUGUGCAUGACCCGCCAGUCGUGACUGUCCCUUCUUCUCCUUCUCCGCAGCAUCCGGUACUUCAGCCCCCGGUUGAGCGUCACUUCGGGGAGUCAUUCUUUUCCCCACAUCUGCCGCUGCCCGUUCGCGAGCCCUCUCACCGACCACGACCCUCUCCAACAUCAUACAUCCAGUCACAACUCGAUGAACUGACGGUCAACACGAAUGAUCCAUCGCCAGCACUGACUACCAUGGAGCGCCUCUUGCCCAUCAUGCGACAUACCUCCAGCCAAAUCGCCUCUGCGCUCAAAGACAUUGCGUGGCAAGGUUAUUACGCAGAAAAUGACCUUCUCUCGCCGCUGAAGACAACGCCCGGUCUCUGGGACGGGACUCGUGUCAUGCCGCCAGGCGAUCAGCGCGACAAAUGGGUAGCAUUCCUUGACGCGGUGAAGGAAGAAUAUCGGCGCGAAGGAGAGCUAGCCGAGGUCGCAGAAAUGGCCACGGCUGGAGGAAUCUAUCUGCCUAGACACGAUUCUGAUGCAUAUUCGGUCGGCGGAUCGUCGAUAUCGACAUGCAGCGGUGAAACAGCAGCCAUCACGACUGUCCUGGAUUCAACCAAAUUCUUCAAGCACCACAAUGAUAGUACUAGCUCGAGCUUCAGCAUAGACUAG